AUGGUGAAUUACGUGCUCUUUGAAACUGCUUUUGGAUAUGCGUUGUUUGAACGGUUGCAAAGUGAGGAAAUAGGAGCCAAACUUGAACAAAUUCAAGAGUCCGUUGAAGAUUUGGUAAAAUUUGGGAAAAUUGUUAAACUUAAAGCCUUUGCACCCUUCAAAAAUGCUGUUCACGCUUUAGAAAAUGCAAAUGAUAUAUCCGAAGGUGUUGUGAACGAUCACCUCAAGGCAUUUUUGGAAAUGAAUCUUCCAAAACCCGGGAAAAAGAAGAAAAGGAGUGUUAAUAUAGUUUUGGGUGUCGUAGAUAAAAGUUUAGCUGGUUCUAUCAAAUCGGAAUUAGGGUACGAGUGUGAAACUAGUGAACUUGUUCUUGAGCUUGUUCGUGGCAUUCGACUACAUUCAGAUAAGUUGCUGAGCCAGGUGAAAGAUAGCGAACUUGAGAAAGGCCAGCUUGGAUUGGGUCAUAGUUAUUCUAGAGCCAAAGUCAAGUUCAAUGUUAAUCGAGCUGACAAUAUGAUCAUUCAAGCUAUAUCCUUGUUAGAUCAGUUGGAUAAAGAUGUGAAUACCUUUUCUAUGCGCGUCAGGGAAUGGUAUUCGUGGCAUUUUCCAGAACUCAUUAAAAUUGUAAGCGAUAAUUAUCAAUAUGCCAAACUUGCAAAAUUUAUCAAAAACAAGAGCGAACUAACCGAAGAAAGUAUGGAUGGUCUUAUGGAGAUAAUUGGGGAUGAAUCAAAAGCGAAACAAAUCCUUGACGCGGCUAAAGCUUCAAUGGGCACGGAUAUAUCUGUAUUAGAUAUGAUUAAUAUAAAUUGUUUUGCGGAUCGAGUAAUUGAUUUGGCUAAUUAUAGAAAACAAAUGUAUGAAUAUUUAUUGUCCAAAAUGCAAAAGAUAGCGCCAAACUUAUCGGCAUUGAUUGGUGAAGUUGUUGCUGCCAGACUAAUUGCUCAUGCCGGAAGCUUAACGAAUCUUUCGAAAUAUCCUGCUUCAACUGUGCAGAUACUUGGUGCAGAAAAGGCUUUAUUUAGAGCUCUAAAGACCAAAGGAAAUACACCAAAAUAUGGUCUGUUAUACCAUUCAUCUUUUAUCGGUCGGGCAGGAGCCAAGAAUAAAGGCAGAAUUUCUCGAUUCUUAGCAAAUAAAUGCACCAUUGCUUCCCGAAUUGAUUGUUUUAUUGAUAAACCAACUUCCAAGUACGGUGAAGCAUUGAAAAACCAGGUUGAAGAGAGGUUAGGAUUUUACGAACAUGGCACAGCGGUUUCAAAGAAUAUGGAAGUGAUUAAUAAGAAACAUAAAAGUUUGAAAUCAAAUGAAAAAGCAUCAAAAUCACCUACAAAGAAGAAAAAGAAGAAUGAUAGUCCAAAAUCCGACAAAAAAGACAAAAAAGUUACAUUUGUCCUUCAAGUACCUUCGGAACUAGAAAAAGUAGUGGAUCAAGAGAUACCGAAAUCUGGUAAAAAGAAAGAUGUGAAAGGUGAAGAGUCACCAAAAUCUAAGAAAAAGGAUAAGAAAA